AUGCCUUCCACCACCCGCACUCUUGUCUCCGCCCUGGCUGGCGCCGUCGGCGUGGCCGCCCACGGCUACGUGGAGAACGUUGUCAUCAACGGCGUCUCCUACAGGGGCUACGACGUGACCAACUUCCCCUACAACCCCAACCCGCCCACCGUCAUCGGCUGGUCCUCUGAGGCCACCGACCUGGGCUUCGUCGCGCCCGACGCCUUCCAGGACCCGGACAUCAUCUGCCACCGCGGCUCCGAGAACGCCGGCGGCUACGCAGAGAUCGCGGCCGGCGACAGCCUCUUUGUCCAGUGGAACACCUGGCCCGAGUCCCACAAGGGCCCGAUCAUCGACUACCUCGCCAACUGCGGUGACGAGGGCUGCGCCUCGGUCGACAAGAACACGCUCGAGUUCUUCAAGAUUGCCGAGGCUGGCCUCAUCGACGGCUCCUCGGCACCCCUGACCAUGGCCGACAGCCUCCUCGAGGAGAACGGCAUGGGCUGGAUGGUCACCAUCCCCGCCGACCUCGCCCCGGGCAACUACGUCCUCCGCCACGAAAUCAUCGCCCUCCACUCGGGUGGCGAUCUCAACGGCGCCCAGAACUACCCUCAGUGCUUCUCCCUCAAGGUCACCGGCUCCGGCUCCGCACAGCCCGAGGGUGUCCUCGGCACCCAGCUCUACACCGCCGAGGACGAGGGCAUCCACUUCAACAUCUACUCUCCCGCCGACUCCUACCCCAUCCCCGGCCCGGCCCUCUUCUCCGGCUUCUCCCCCGUCGAGCAGGCCUCCUCCGCCAUCGACUCUACCGGCACCGCCACCGUCGGUGACGGCCCUGCCCCUACCGCCGCUCCUGCUGAGCCCACCGGCGGCAACGACGAUGGUGCUGCCUCCUCCGAGGCCCCCGUUGUCACUGAGGCUCCCGCUACCACCGAGGCCCCCGUCGUUCCCUCGGCCACUGCCACUGCCGCCCCUACCACUGAGGAGGCCGCCCAGCCUGAGCCUACCCAGGACACCUGCGCCCUCAAGAAGCGCAGCAAGAAGGCCCGCCGCCACGCCCACAAGCACGGCAAGGUCGCUCGCCGCGUCUAA